AACAGGCCAGCAGAGACCAACUCAGAGGUGGACAAGUCAUCAUCACCCUCAGUGGCUCAGCUAGCAGGGAAAUUCAAAGAGCAAGCAGCCAAUAUUACUGGAAAAGAGGUACCACCACAUAAGCCAACUCGGAGGAAACCACCAUGCUCCCUUCCAUUGUAUUCCCACAAAACUGAGACAAGUGACAAUGAUGAGCAAAAGCGGUCUCCAAAUGCUUGCCCCGUUCCCAAGGUCAAGGUGAAAAGCUCCCCCAUGAUUGAAAAGCUGCAGGCCAAUCUGGCUUUUGCUCCAGCUGCUCUGCUGCCGGGAGCAUCUCCCAAAAGCCCUGGUCUGAAAGCCCUGGUUUCUCCGUUCAGCACCCCUCCCUCGACGCCCAGCAGCCCCGGGGUUCAGUCCCAGCCCAGUGAAGCGAGUGAGACGCCAGUCAGCUUCGAUCAACCCCCAGAAGGCACUCAGCUGCAGUUCUAUAACAAGGUGCGGACACGGGGAUCGAUAAAGCGCAGGCCCCCCUCCAGGAAGUUCCGAAGAUCUCUGUCUGAGUACGGAGAUGGGGAAGAUUUAGGGGUCAACAUCUCUCCAGAAAAUGGUGCCAAGGAAGAUGGGGAUGAGGUGUUUGGGCCCAAGGGCAAGACAGAGGAGGCAGAAACAGGGAGCAAAGAGCAAAAGAAACACACAGGGUCUGAUGGGAAGCCCCCAUCAAGGAGAGGAUCCAGCAGAUCAGAAGAUGGAGAAAAAGGAGAAAAACAGGCAGAGGAAAUGACUCCUUGCAAGAGUAAUGCAGGGGAUACAAAGGAGGAGGAAGAGUGUCAUGGUGCCACAGAGAAGGAGAACUCUCCCCAGCCUCCCUCUGGCAACAAGGAGGAGAAGGUGUGCGAGGGUCCGCAGGAAGAAAAUCAGCAAGACAGUGCCUGUGAACAGGAAAAGGGGGACAAGGAGAAGGAAGAAGCUGAAGCAAAGGAGAGCAGUGAGAGCACAGACACACGGAGAACAUCAGAAGAAUCACCACUGGCACCUGCAGAGGCGGUGGGUUUAGAGGCUGCCAGUGAGCCUUCAACAUCAGCUAUGCAGGACCAGAGCACAGUGUAA